GAAUAUGGACAAAAUUUGCGCAGUCCAUACAAAACGAGUAUUACAGCGCAAUGUCCAAUAUUGCGUUCUCGAAUAUGGCGAAAGUUGUGAAUUUACGUGUUGUGAUAAGUGCUACCUUGUGACUUACUAUGUUUGAAAAUGGAUAGUAAAGUUAAUAUUUAUACAAAGAAAGUGUGAUAAUAGUGUAAAUAUACGUAUUUGUUGUUAAUUAAGUGAGAAAAACAAAAAUGUCUACAGAUAAAAUAAAAGUUGCUGUUCGACUCCGUCCUUUUAACAGAAGAGAACGUGAUUUGGGGACGCAGUGUGUUGUCGAAAUCGAAAAUCAACAAACAAUUGUACACCAACCGACAACUUUGGAUAAAUUGGAAAGGAAACAACCUAAAACAUUUGCAUUCGACCAUUGUUUUUGCUCCGUGGACCCAAAUAGAAAGGACUUCGCUUCUCAAGACGUCGUCUUUGACUGUUUGGGACGUGAUAUCCUCGAUAAUGCAUUUCAAGGAUAUAAUGCUUGUAUUUUUGCAUACGGACAGACCGGAUCUGGAAAAUCAUACACGAUGAUGGGUUCACAGGACGACAAGGGCAUCAUACCGAGACUAUGCGACUCAUUAUUUGGUCUUAUAGCAAAACGACAAAGUUCAGAAUUAACAUAUAAAGUUGAAGUCAGUUAUAUGGAAAUCUACAAUGAGAAGGUGCACGAUUUACUGGAUCCCCAAACAAAUAAGCAAUCACUAAAAGUAAGGGAACACAAUGUUCUAGGUCCGUACGUCGAUGGACUUUCACAGCUGGCUGUGACAUCGUUUCAGGUGAGCCAAAAAGUUAAUUACAAAACUUAAAAGACGAACUGUAUA